AUGAGAAUAACAUUGCAAGGCCUCGUGAUUUGUACUGCGUCCACGGAGCUGGUGGCACAAGUGGCGCAGCUGAAGGUAGAGAAGGAGCAGCUUCGCGCCCAGCUGCUGCUGCUGCAGUCCCACAUGCACGCGGCAACACAAGCUGAACAGCAGCGCAACACAUUGGUGAAGCACUUCUUCACUCUAUUCAACUCAAUGACGCACACACAACUAGCUGCCACGUCUACUUUUACUUGGUCAUUCGAGCGAUUUCGUUAUUAA